UGGAGCUGGUUUCAAGAGGAAAAGCAGGAAAUGUGACAGUGUUGGGAGUUUUUUUUCCACACGUCCAUAAACAACACAAACGCCUGAGUUGAGCCACCAGUCCACGAGCACCUCUGAGCUGAGGCUGACACGCGUGAAGAGAGAGGGAGAAAGAGGGGAGGAGAGACGAACAGGAAAGAAGGUCUGUAAAAAGACAGGAAAAUCCAUUAGUGAAUGUAAAAAGAGACAAGCAAAGGGAGAAAGAAGAGAGGUCCUGAUUUUUGGUCCUCUGAUGACACUAUGAGCAAAGUCAUGGCUGUGAAUGAUACGAAUCUCUUUAUGGAAAUUGCUCAGUCUUUUGAUGCUGUCCCCCUGAUCAUAGCUUUCAGCGUUUCAGUGGCAGUGGGCCUACUUUUGGGGUCCCUGGUCUACGUGAUCCUGACUUGGUUUUCCAGGCGCAGAGCAGGCUCUGCCCGCAUCACUAGCUGCCCGCCUCCUCGCCAGACUCGUACCUCCCGUCGAAACCACCCGGGCUUCAACCGCAGCAGUAGCAACCACGACCGGAGGAGCAACAACAGCCUUGUCAGUGCCGCUUUCACCUUCCAUCGUCAGACUUCCACCCCGGAUCCUCUCGACACUCUGGGGCACAAGUCCAGCUUCAGGGGGUCUACCUUCCACCCUCUCAUCCACUGUAGCCAGAUAGCCAGGGAGGCGGAGGAAGGCAGCCAGACAUCACUACCUCGCACACCCAGGUUGGCCACCUCCACCGGAUCGGUCCACUCGGUGGCCACCCCGACGAGACCCCAUUCAUUUUGGGGGGACAAUGUGAGGGGGUUCCAGGCUACACAAACCCCUCCUCCCGCUUAUGAGAGCAUUAUCAGGGCCUAUCAAGAAACAAAUACAUAGGAGAAAAUCCCACAUUGCUCUCCUGAACUUUGUAAAUAUAUUUCUAAAACUGUAUUUGAUUUAUAUGACCACACACCAAAACAUGGGAGGGACUAUUCAUAUAAUGUUUUUAAUUUUGCUUUUAUAAAAUGAUUGCCUAAAACAGUGAUCCAUUUGACUAUGAUAAAUACUGGCAAUGCUGCUUAGGGUUUAAUGCUGAUCAUAGCAAAUAUGAAUGACCUCUUACAAAAACAUGUCUAACACAUGUUAUUCAGAUUGCUAUUUACCCCUCUAUAGGACACUUAUUCAACUGGCUGCUAUUGAUGGCACCAAAUGUCAAUGAUACUGAAUUAUCAUUAUUUACUGCCAACCUCCCAGUUUGAAUGAAUUAGACGUCUAUCCCUGUCAAUGGCAAGUAAUGAGUUAAAUACUAUAACCAGAGCAUUUCUGUAUAUUUAUUUUAACUUAUUCAUAAGAAAAUUGUAUGAAAAUAGAAUUUAAAAUCACAAAAAAUGAACACAAUAACCCGUCUCCCUCCACUGGCUAACCUCGAACCUACAGGCAACAAUAAGUCCGCAAUUUAUUUGCAUAAUUAAUCAGCCAGAGACAAUUUUUUUUUUUAAGUAGGUCUCCGAGGAUCAAGGCGAAUACAUAAAUCGAAUAUACCUACCUUAUAUAUACCACAUUUUGGGUCAUGUAGGCCAUGUUUGAAUACAAAAUGCUAAUACUGCAUAAAUGGACGUCUGGUCUUUAUAGGGAUCACGUUUAUUUGUAAUUACUAAAAAUAGUCACUUGCCUUGUAAGGGGUUAAUGAACAAUUUUCCACUUUUGAUCAAUAAACUAUGUUUGUAACAAAGCCCUUUAGAGUAACUGAAAUUUCAAUGAGGUGCUCAUAAUAUUACGUGUAUUAUGUGACUGUGUUUAUACGUUUAAGUUAAUGUAAUAAAUGUAUGCAUCAAAUGUAUGAAAACCAAGUUGUCCAUUUAUUGGCCGAUUAUUAUCAUCUACACAAACCUUGUCUGGAAUAUUUAAUUGUAUCAGCACAUCAUUAAACAUGACAUGACAUGGACCAACACAACAGAAGGCAUACAUCACUUUUACAUAAUACAUGGGGGAAUUAGGGCCACCAGCCAAUUAACAUGUGCCGAUUACCGAUUUCAAGGUAUA